AUGGGAUUUGAAGGUCUGCUAUGCGUGGAACAGAGUGGCAUGGGAGGUGGAUUAGCUUUGUUUUGGAGGGACGCAGCUAUGGCCACAUUACUUUCUUAUUCUACAAAUCACAUCGAUGUAAGUGUUUCUUUACCGGAUACCCCAGAAUGGCGCCUAACCUGCUUUUACGGUGAAUCGGACCAAAAUCGGCGGCAAGAAUCUUGGGACCUCCUUCGGGAACUCAGAGAUCGGUCAACUCUCCCAUGGGUCACCAUAGGAGAUUUUAACGACAUCACAUGUCAGUCAGAAAAGCGGGGGCCUCAUGCUCAACCCACAAAUCUCAUUGAGGGUUUUAAUGAUGCGCUUAUGGAUUGUCAGUUGUUUGAUUUGGGCAUGGAGGGAAGUAGAUUCACUUGGGAAAGAGGACGCGGUACAGAUGCUUGGGUCGAAGAACGCCUAGACAGAGCUGUGGCUACUCACGGUUGGUUAGAAAUUUAUGAUUCGGCAGUUGUCCGCAACUUACUUACAAUGGAAUUUGAUCACAACGCCAUUCUUCUGGAUAUGGAAUCAAGAACUUUCCGUCGGGCGAAGAAACGUUUUAGAUUUGAAUCUGCUUGGUUACAGGAUGAGGGUUGUCACAAGGCAGUAGAUCAAGUAUGGCGAUCAACAUUGGGGAUGAAUUUUCAGGACCGGAUCACGGAAUGUAGGAGUUAUCUGGGCAAAUGGGGGGAGGACUAUUUCCGGCGUAAUGGCAAACAGAUAAAAUGCCUCAGACACAAAUUGGAAAAUUUAAGAGACUCACGGGAACAGCAGGAUGUGGCCGAUUAUAUUGAAACUGAGGGGACACUACAGGCCUCGGCCAGACGUCGAAGGAACCAGUUGCACCGCAUUAAGAACCCGGAGGGUCAGUGGCUUGAAGGUACGGAGCUAAAUGGCGAAGUACUGCGUUAUUACUCAGAUAUUUUUCAGUCCACAGGCAUCAACGCUGACAUCUUUAACCACGUCCCGAGUCGAGUAUCACCGGAGAUGAACGCUACACUAGCGUUACCUUUUACCAUCGUGGAAAUUAAAGAAGCCUUAUUCUCUAUGGCACCGGAAAAGGCGCCAGGUCCAGACGGUAUGUCACCCGCUUUCUAUCAACAUUUCUGGCCGAUUUUGGGUCACGACUUGUUUAUUUUUAUUACUCACUGCUUAUUGGAUCGUUCUCUACCACCGGGUCUGAACGACUCGAACAUUGUCCUGAUUCCAAAGAAAAAGUGCCCCGAGAAAGUUUCUGAUUUGCGCCCAAUCGCCCUAUGCAAUGUAGUGUACAAGGUGCUAGCCAAAGCAUUAGCAAACCGUAUGAAAAGCUUACUUCACAGCGUGGUGUCGGAGUCGCAAAGUGCUUUCGUUCCCGACCGUCUACUGACUGACAACAUUAUUGUGGCCGGAGAAGUGGGUCACUAUCUGAAGAGGAAAACCAGUGGGGCUAUGGGUUGGACCGCAUUGAAACUCGACAUGGCCAAGGCCUACGAUCGAAUGGAAUGGGGAUUCCUGGAAGGUAUGCUCACGGCACUGGGCUUUGACAGAAGUUGGACUCAUCUACUCAUGAUGGGAGUCAAAUCAGUAAUCUAUCAUAUCCAGGUAAACGGCGAGACUGUGGGUACUAUUUCCCCGACACGUGGCAUUCGGCAGGGAGACCCUAUAUCUCCAUAUCUGUUCAUUCUUUGUGUUGAGGGGCUUUCUGUGUUAUUACAACAGGCUGAGAGACAAGGGGACAUUCAUGGUAUUCGUAUUGCUCGGGGAGCGCCGGCGGUGACACAUCUGUUCUUCGCCGAUGAUAGUCUUCUAUUUUUUAGGGCCACGAGUACGGAAGCUCAGACAAUCAGGAACUGCCUCGAUACAUAUAGUGCUGUGUCAGGCCAGGUAAUCAACUAUGAAAAAUCAAAUAUUAUGUUCAGCAUCAAUACCACUUUGGAAACCCGCUCUAGUGUGAUGGAGUUCGUGGCAGUACGAGAAUGCAAUGAUUUGGGCCGCUACCUAGGACUACCCUCGUUUUUGGGGCGUAACAAGUCGGCUACCUUUUGUUAUAUUGAACAGAGAAUUCGGGAGCGGAUUGGGGGUUGGCAACAGAGGUUACUGUCACGGGCAGGCAAGGAAGUUCUUUUGAAAAGCAUUGCCCAAGCCUUACCUAUAUUCACAAUGUCGGUGUUCUACUUACCGCAACGACUCUGUGAUACUUUGGAACGUUUAUUCAACCGCUAUUGGUGGGGUGGUGGAGGCGGGUCGACCAGCAGGGGUAUCCACUGGUUAAGCUGGCACCGACUGUGUGUACCGAAGGCAAAGGGCGGUCUUGGAUUCAAACGGCUACACGAGUUCAACAUUGCUUUGCUUGCAAAACAGGGGUGGCGUCUCUUGAUUUACCCGAACUCGCUGGUAAGUCGUCUCUUACGUGCAAAGUAUUAUCCCAACAAUUCUUUUUUGAACGCUCAAAUGGGCCACAACCCGAGUUACUUGUGGAGAAGCAUUAUGGCGGGCCAAGAAUUACUCAAGCGAGGUGCCGCACGACGCAUUGGCAAUGGUGAGGGAUCGAAAAUUUGGGAAUGGCCGUGGCUUGCCGACACGAUACAUCCCCGUCUGACCACGUCCUGCAUCAAUCAUUUAAGGGAUCAGCCAGUCGCAAGCCUGCUUACGUCUCAAGGCACAUGGGACGUUGCUAUUCUUCAUGGCCUCUUCACCCCGAAAGAUGUGCCUAGGAUUCUAGCUACGCCCCUAUCGCCCACGCUACCGGACUCCUGGCGGUGGCUUGGUGACACAAGGGGCAUGUACACUGCCCGGCACGGCUAUAAAUUAUUAACGGAAAGCAAUACUUCAUAUGACUGGAACGACAGCUUCACGGCAUGGGACCGGUUGUGGAAACUACCCAUCCCUCCGAAAGUAAAGAAUCUUCUGUGGCGAUGCGUUAGGGGCAUCAUGCCUGUGAAGGAAGUUCUAAAGCAAAAACAUGUGUGGAUUGGUGGGGGGUGUGCACACUGCGACUGCCAAAUGGAGACGGCUGAACAUGUGUUCUGUGAAUGCACGGUAGCAAUGUGUCUUUGGGAGAAUGGUAAUGUGCUUCAUAACGGUUCGAUUCUGGAGUUCUUGGACGCUCUCAUCAAGAGCGCACCAAUGCAUCAGAUCAUUCAUGCGGCGGCCAUCUUCUGGGUCCUGUGGAAGGCUAGGAAUGAUAAGAUCUGGCGAGACACAUCUAUUUCACCCGAGUCUUUACUAAUCCAGGUACAUUCUCUACAGGCUUUAUGGUCCUCUAUCAAGCAAAAUUCUGGGGAAGCAACGACUUCUUCUGCAUCGAGUGUUCUCUGGACUCCACCACCAGCCAACUGGCUGAAAUGCAAUGUGGACGCAGCUCUCUUCGCUACGGAGGCAGGCUUUGGAGCCGUGGUUCGAAAUCAUGACGGUUGCUUCGUGGCGGCCAAAGGUGGCAGACUGGGUUAUAUCCAAGACCCGUUGCUAGCAGAGGCCUCGGCGAUUGCACAAGCAUUGGGAUGGUUACAGAGUUUAGGUCUUAAUAAUAUCAUUUUAGAGACCGAUUGUUUAAUGUUUAGUUCAACUUUUAAUUCUGGUAAUUCUGAUUUUUCGUAUGUUGGGUCAAUUGUAAAGCAAUGUGUUCAAAUUGCUACUAACAUUGGGACCGUUCAGGUUCGCCAUGUCAGGAGGUCAGCGAAUCAUGUAGCUCACGUUCUUGCGCGGGCGACAGAUUCUCCGUCUGUCCUAGGGUCGUGGUUGGUUAACCCGCCUUUGUGUAUUGCUGCUCUUCUGAGCUAUUAA